AUGGCAGCCGGACAGCGGAAGGGGUGGUUCAAAGAUCAGAUCAGACUCGUGAGCAUUUUGAUUACAAUCUACAUUUCCCUGGGAUCUUUCACCUAUGGCUACUGCAGCUCCAUCAUCGCCACCACCUUGGGCCAACCGGACUUCUUCAAAUACCUGCACCUUGCCACUGAAGGCCCCGGUUUGUCUCAUACAAAUGCCAUAACCGGUGCUAUGAACGGCCUGUUUCAGGCCGGUGGCUUUAUCGGAGCACUCUCUAUCGGACCUCUCUGUGACAAGUUUUCACGACGAGGCGGAAUUGGAAUUGCGGCUGCCACCUGCUUGGUCGGCGGAGCCUUGCAAUGCGGAUCCGUUGAUGUUGGCAUGUUCUUGUUCGCGAGAGCAUUGACAGCAGGAAUUGGAACUGGCAUGAUUGUGUGUGGAGUACCUCUCUACCAAAGCGAAGUUGCUCCGCCUCAUACUCGUGGUGUCUUUGUCGGAGUCCAUGGAGCUUUGCUCUGCACUGGUUAUUCCGUGGCCGGUUGGGUUGGCUACGGCUGCUAUAGCUACACUGGACAAUUUCAGUGGCGCUUCCCACUUGCCGUCCAAUGCUUUGCACCCGUAAUGCUCCUUGCUGGAUUGUUCUUCAUCCCAGAGAGCCCCCGUUGGUUGGCCCUCCACGACAAACACGAUCGCGCUUACAAGGUUAUGGAGCAGCUCCACCGUGACCCUCAAGAUCCAGAGGGUAUCCUCGUCAAGGAGGAAUUCUACGCCCUGCUGAAACAACUAGAACUUGAGAAACUUGGUGGAGGAGGGGGAUACAGAGCACUUUUCACCGGCUGGCCGAACCGAAAGCGCCUGCUGUUGGGGUUCUUCACCGUUUUUGGUGGCCAAUGCACUGCAACCAUCGUUAUUAACAAUUACGGCGUCAUUUUGUACACGGCUCUAGGAUAUGUGGCACCAACUACCCUUGCGUUUACGGCGGGCUGGGUCACCGUCGGAGUUGCCGGAAACGCAAUCAGCGCGUUGAUAGUUGAUCGAGUGGGACGCGUGAGGCUGAUGAUAAUCGGAUUUUCCGGGUGCCUUAUGGCUCUCAUUCUCGAGAUGGCCUUGUUAGCCACUUACAAAGGAACGACCAACAAGGCAGGCCUUGCCGCAGCUGUCUCCUUCCUCUUUAUUCAUGUCGCCUUCUACAGUUCUUGUAUCGACGCCGUGACAUAUAUCUACUGCACGGAAAUAUUCCCAAACCACUUACGUGCCAGAGGUUCAUCCAUCUCCGUGUCUGGUCUUUUCUUCGCUACCGUCAUCUACACCUGCGCCGCUCCGACCGCCUUCACCAAUAUUGGCUGGAAGUACUACAUCGUUUUCGCCGUUACGACCGCCAUGAUAGUUGUCGCCUUGUGCCUUUGGUGGCCAGAGACGAAGGGGUUGUCCCUCGAGGAAAUCAGCGCCCUCUUUGGUGAGGAAGUCGCCGUGGAUGUAGGACACAUGACACAGGAACAGAGGGACGCCCUCGACGAGAAAAUCAUUGCACAACAAAUUGAGGGAGUGGGCGAGGCAGGAAAUGAGAAACCCUAA